CCAGUGCAUAUUAUUACCUCUCGCCAUGCUCGUCCUCUUUAUGAUUUUCCCAGGUCCACCUCAUAUAAUCAUAUAUCUCCUCCAGCACCACGCCAGCCCUCUACACCCGCCAGAAUGUCUCUCAGUCUAGUGACCCGAACCACCGUGCGCAGCCCACCGCGCGCCUUGAUCCCGGUGCUCAACCCUCGAACCAUCCCCGUCCGACACAACUCCGACCCUAAACGGGUGGAUACCCACUACACCGGCCCCAAACGGGCGGACACGCCGGAAUAUGUCACUCACCCGGGCAGUGGGACCUACGACACCCACCAAGUGCCCAGCUUCAAGGCCUACGAGACCCGCGGCCCGCCACGGGUCCACCAGAACAUCGCGUAUUUCAUGGCGGGGGCGCUGGGAGUGACCACGGCGGUGGGGGCUAAGGAUACCGUUGCGAGCUUUCUGGCCAACAUGUCCGCAUCCGCCGAUGUCCUCGCCCAAGCGAAGGUCGAGAUCAGCCUGGGGGCUAUUCCCGAGGGAAAGAAUAUUAUCAUCAAAUGGCGCGGGAAGCCGGUCUUCAUCCGCCAUCGCACGCAGGCUGAGAUCGAGGACGCGAGGAAGACGGACUGGAAGAGUCUUCGUGACCCCCAGCCGGAUGAGGAGCGGGUGCUCAAGCCGGAGUGGUUGAUCAUGUUGGGCGUCUGCACCCAUCUCGGCUGCGUGCCCAUCGGCGAGUCCGGGGAUUUUGGAGGCUGGUUCUGCCCCUGUCACGGAUCCCAUUAUGACAUCUCCGGACGGGCGCGCAAGGGACCUGCGCCGAGUAAUCUCGAGGUCCCGCAGUAUAGCUUCCCGACCGAGGAUACGCUGGUCAUUGGAUAGACGCGAGAAUAGAAUAUGAUCGAGG